CGCACGCGUAAACUCUACUUCCGUUGUGGUGGUCGCGUCCUGUAGGAGUUAGGGUCGGCCUGUCUAUCUUGUAGUCAUGUCGGCCUCAGUAGUGUCGGUCGUCUCGCGGUUCUUAGAAGAGUACUUGAGCACCACUCCUCAGCGUCUGAAGUUGCUGGACGCCUACCUCCUGUAUAUACUGCUGACCGGGGCGCUGCAGUUCGGUUAUUGUCUCCUCGUGGGGACCUUCCCCUUCAACUCUUUCCUCUCGGGCUUCAUCUCUUGUGUGGGGAGCUUCAUCCUAGCGGUUUGUCUGAGAAUACAGAUCAACCCACAGAACAAAGCAGAUUUCCAAGGCAUCUCCCCAGAGCGAGCCUUUGCUGAUUUUCUCUUUGCCAGCACCAUCCUGCACCUUGUUGUCAUGAACUUCGUUGGCUGACUCGUUCCUGUUUGCUUAAUUGCGGAGUGGGAGACUGUAAGAAUGUUCCCUUUUUGAUUUCCGCUGGAGAAGAACUCUUUACAUGGCAGCUUGUUGGACCCACGGAUUUUCUUUGAUUCAUACUUACUGCUGGCUCUGACCUGGUGUGCUGGUGGAGAGCCAGAGCAGCGGCUUCCUAAUGAGCGUUUAUUUACUUGACCUGCCUUCCAUUGUGUUACCUUUUUGCCUUCCAAAUUAAACUUCGUGCAA